GAGUUCUGUUAUUAAUAAACCAGGUGGAGAAAAAAGUUCACAAAUUAUAGAAAAAGAUAGUCAAAUAAAGAUAUCUCAAGAAGAAUCUAUUAAAGCUAAAUCAUCAACCAAAAAGGGUAAGGAGAAAUCUAGAACUGAUGAUCAAGAAAUAUCUGAUAGAGAUCAUUGGAAAGAAAAAAUCAAUUUACAAACCAUGAAACCUCCAGAAAUUUCAAAAACUAAUAUCAAUAUAUGUAAGCCUGUUGAAACUUUAAAUUCCGAAGUAACUUCUAAACAUAUUGUGGAAGCAUCAACAUUAACUGCUAAACCAACAGAGUUUCAAAGCAAUACUGAAGUUCAUAGUCAAAUUUCUAAACCUGAAGAAUCAUCCAAAUCUCCACUAAAAUUACAAUCAUCCUAG